AUGUCAACAUACAGAGGUAAUAGUAAAAGUAAGAACAGACACACGGCAGAACUUGAAUCCAAGAUGAGAAGGUGGAAUAGUUGUGGUGCUAGAUCAGAAACAAGGAGGAUUAAGCUACAUCUCAUCAUAUGUGAACUCACAGGUUCAUCCAUGGCGGAGAUACCAAAUAAGGAAAUGUGCAAAAUCAAAGUGCAGAUAGAGUGGAUAGGUUUAAGAAAGAAUUAUCUGAUCUCCAGAAGAGCUGUUGCAAGGAAUCACACGUCGAAACAGAUCAUAAACACAGAUGGAUGUGUCAUUUGGAAUGAAGGAUUUGAUCAUUUUGGCAAGUUGAAACUGGACUCGGAUCGUUUCAGAAGCUGGAUCAUCAGCCUGGAGGUUCAUGGAUUAGGUGAGGAAAUAAAUGGCACAGCGUCGGUUUUAGCAAAACUAAGUGUUAAUAUAGCAGAAUAUGCUGAUCCAACUGAAUGUUCAGAUAAAAUUAUCAAGCUUCCAGUCAAAUUCAGCAUUGGUAGCUCCAACAUUGAGGCCAAACUAACGGUGAACCUCAAUUUCCUUGAAAUCAAACCCAAACACAUCAUCAGCAACAUGGUGCACCCUCUUUCUCCAACCAAGCUACUGCCAUCUCUAUCGUUGUGCAUGAGAAUUCAGAAGCAAGAAAGUCAAGACAUGUAUAGCUCCUUUUCAGAAUCAGAUGAGGACCCUGAUCCAAUCUACAGAAGCAUAGCUGCAACAAAUCUAUCAAUCAGUGGUGCUGGAGAUGACAAGCUUGAAUAUGGCAUGGAUGAGAUGUGGGAGGAAGAACAAUCGUUGAAUGGGAAGUCCACUCAGAAACCUUCACUAAUCAGGCUCCUUUCAUGGAAUAAAAGAAGGCCUAGUUUGAAAAACUUUGAGCAUCCAAGAGACACACCACUCUUGAACAAAGCAUAUGGUGAUGAGGGAGGGGAUGAUGUUGAUAUUGACCGUCGCUUCCACUUAUCACCCAACCAGCCAAGGCAGGAUCUGGUCAAGAAUGAGUUUGAGCCUUGGGGAUUUGUGUUCAGUGAUCGGUUUGAGAUAGGCAGUUGGGAAAAGAGGAAGUUGAUCAGCAGAGACAGAAAAUUAGAGCUAGUCACAGAGAUAUUUCUAGCUUCCAUUGAUCAACGGAGUGAGAAAGCAUCGGGUGAAGGCGCCUGCACAGUUCUUGCUGCAGUUAUUGCUGAUUGGUUGCAUCAGAAUCCAGAAAUCCUACCACUACGAUGCCAAUUUAAUAAAUUGAUCCGUGAAGGAUCUAUGGAAUGGAGAAACUUGUGCAAAGAAGAGACUCAUCAGGAGAAAUUCUUGGAUCAACACUUUGAUCUUGAUACUGUCAUACAAGCACAAGUUCGACCAUUGACAGUGGUUCCUGAGAAGUCCUAUGUAGGCUUCUUUGAACUUGAAAAUAUGACUAAUCAGUUGCAGUUCCUGCAAGGUGCCAUGUCUUUUGACAACAUAUGGCAGGAGCUCCAAAGUGGUCAAUCAACACCAGAAGAACAAAUCUACAUUGUGAGUUGGAAUGAUCACUUUUUUGUUCUCAAAAUAGAAGAGGAUGCAAUUUAUAUGAUUGACACCCUAGGAGAAAGGCUGUGCGAGGGGUGCAAUAAAGCCUACAUGUUAAAGUUCAACAGAGAAAGCAAGGUCUAUAGAGUGCAAAGUGAGUCGAGCAAUCCAAAGGUGGAGUCAGAAGAAAGUUCAGUUAAUCACCCAAGCAGGAAAGGAGAAAAACAAAAUAGCAGAAGUUCCCGGGAAUUGAUCUGUCAAGGCAAGUCGUCCUGCAAAGAAUUUAUCAAGGAGUUCCUUGCAGCUGUCCCACUGCGAGAGCUGCAAGGAAACAUUGAAAAGGGAACCAUAGGAGAAUCUCCUCUUCAUCUCUUACAAAUUGAGUUCCACUACACAACUCCAAAGCAACAUCUAUUUAGCCAAACACGACAUCAAAUACUAAUGGAUCAGCCCUCUGAAGUGGGAACUGUAAAUGUACAGCUUCCAAUUCCAAACCCUAGGGUAAUCAUGAGCAACGAAGAAGAGAAGAGGUGUCCACUUUGUGCGGAAGAGAUGGACACGACGGAUCAGCAAUUCAAGCCAUGCGAUUGUGGUUAUCAGGUGUGUGUUUGGUGUUGGCAUCAUAUAAUGGACAUGGCAGAGAAAGAUGGGACAGAGGGACGAUGUCCUGCAUGUCGGACACCUUAUGACAAGGAAAAAAUUGCAGUCAUGGAAGCAAACAUUGAAAGGGUGGCCGCCAACAAUUCGAAUCGGAAAAACAAACCACUGAAGGCAAAGCCAAAGGCAAAUGAAGUAAGGAAGGACCUUACCAAUGUUAGAGUAAUUCAGCGGAAAAUGGCAUACGUAAUUGGGCUGCCUCUUAGUCUGGCUGAUGAAGAUCUCUUGCAGUUGAAGGAAUAUUUUGGUCAGUAUGGAAAGGUUUCUAAGGUUUCUCUAUCUCGGACAGCGGGUGGGGCUAUUCAGCAAUUUGUUAAUGAGACCUGCAGUGUAUAUAUUACUUACUCCAAAGAGGAGGAGGCCCUUAGGUGUAUUCAAUCAGUACAUGGUUUUGUGCUGGAAGGUAGGUUAUUAAGAGCAUCUUUUGGAACUGCAAAGUAUUGCCAUGCAUGGUUGAAAAACACGCCUUGCAACAACCCUGCUUGUUUAUAUUUACAUAGCGUUGGUGCCGAAGAAGAUAGUUUUGGUAAGGAUGAAGUUGCGGCUGUGCAUACAAGGAGUAGAGUUGAAGAAGUUGCUGGUGCUACUCAUAACUCACAGCGGCGUUCGGGAAAUUUCUUGCCUCCCCCAAUCGAUGAAACCCUCAACAUUUGCAGUGCUGCUGCUGACAAAUCUAUUGUUAGAGGUGCCUUUAAAGAUGCAGCUCAUGCUACAGUAACUUCUAGCAGCCACUUCCCUUGUUUGCUUUCAUCUAAAGAUAAGGAUGGAGGUGUCAGAACACCUGGCAAAAUGACAACUUUUGUAGAUAUUGUUGGACGUUCUUGUAGUUAUGCUCCAGAAAAAGAUGAAAAUGGCACUGAUGAUAGGAGGAUUUUGGAGUUGUGCUCUGAAUUUUCUUCAGCAAAUAUUGGUAAAGAUAAUCAUGUGGAGGCUGAACACCCUGAUGCAUUGGUAUGUAAAGCUUCAUCCUGCAGUCUCAGUGGACUGCCCUGGAACAAAGAGUUUAAAGAACCAUAUAGGGAAUCUUUGAAUUAUUUGUCAGUGGAGAGAGCAGAUUUAACACCCACUGAUGCAUCUGUCACAGAAGAACAACCAUGUUUCAUGUUAGAUUCUGGAAGACAAGUACUGAAUGGUCCAUGCGGCAUUGGGAGAGAAGAUUUAAUAUCUUUUGAUAAUCAAAGCUCGAAGUAUUCUAACUCUUCAAGUCAGAUGGAUUGUUUGUUUCCUUCAUCAUAUAGUGCCGGAAUUUCAGAGGAUUAUGGCAAUCACUCUUGGGAGCAUAGAGAGUCGUUUAGUUUGAGUGAUGUUAAUGCGGACCACAACUCUGCACAUAAUCAUGUGGAUGAAACUUCUAUAUUAUAUACUGGUGGGAAUUCAUCAUUGAGUGAUGGAUACAAUGAGAAGAAAUUCCAAAAUUCUGCUAAAUCAGAUAGGGUAUAUAGAGGUUCCAAUUCAUUCUCCAAUGAAGAAAUAGUAGAGCACUUAAGAAGGCUUGAUGAUGAUAAUAGGACAAAUAAUGAUGGAAAUUCUGCUGUAGAGGCUGUGGAGAGCAGCAUAAUUUCAAAUAUCUUGUCGUUGGAUUUUGAUGCAUGUGACGAUUCCUUGACCUUGCCUCACAGUUCAGCAUUAUAUCAUGAAACCAACAGCCAGCAUGGUUCUUCCUGGAAUCUCCAAAACAGCGACAAAUCAGGGUUUUCAUUGUCAAGACAGGAGGGUUUUGGGAGUCAUAUUACCGAUUUCGACUAUUCUUUGAAUAACUGUCAAGUGUCGAAGAAUUAUUCUCUCCUUAACGAUUCCAGGGAGAACAAGAAACAAUAUGUAUGUAAUCCUCAAUAUCCUGUGUCCAGGGCUCAAAGUUUGACUCCACCAGGCCUUUCAGUGCCAUCUAGAGAACCACCUCCUGGGUUUUCUGCACGUGAAAGGACAGAAGAGGUUCUUCGUGCUACAUCCGGGAAUUAUUUGGUUAACCAUUCUUUGCCAAACAACCACUAUCGAACACCGUCAACAGGUAAUAUUAGCAACAUUAGUGAUGUUGAUUUAAUUGAUCCUGCCAUAUUGGUUGUUGGUCGAGGAAAACAAACAAAUGGGUUGAAUUACACGGGUUUCGAAAUGAGGCCAAGUUAUGCUUCACAACCAAGUUCAUAUGAAGAUGAGGCAAGACUCUGGCUUUUGAUGCAACAAUCUACCACUCAACAUCAAGACCCAAAAGUUUCUCAAAUCUACAUGCAGCAGACUCCAUCUGCACAUCAGGAAUUGAGAUAUUCCGGUCACAUCGGGGAUGGGUUCUCUGCUCUGGAUGGGAGUUAUGGUAUCUCUUCGAGGCUUGUGAAUCAACCACAGACCUCCUACAAUUCACCUUCUUUUACACAGUUUUCACAGCAGAAAUUUGGCUAUGGACACGCUUCAAAUGGCUAUCAGCUCGGUUUGGAUGAGGUCCAGCCUAGAAGGGAAGUGGGCAUGGAAGAAAUUCAGAGAAACGAGAGAUUAGGAUUGAACAGUAUCUAUCCUGGGUAUGGAGAUUUAAUGUACCAGAUGCCCAGUUCGGGCGAUGUAUACACCAGAUUAUUCGGGUUGUAA